AUGGGACCUGCAGAAAAUAAUCUACUGUGUGCUUGGCACAUAGACCGCAGCUGGCGGAAUAAUUUGAAGAAAGUCCAUGGCAAUGAAGAAAAGAAAGCACUUGUGUACAAAGCUCUUCAUACAUUGCUUGAAGAAGCGGAUAUAGACAAUUUUAAUGAGCUGCUGGAAUCGUUCGUCGGGCAGCUUCAAGCAGAUGAAGGUACAAGAGACUUUGGUGUAUAUUUCUCGUCAAAUUACUUAUUCCGGCCUCAGCAGUGGGCAUACUGUCACCGUCGCAAUCUGGGUAUAAAUACAAAUAUGCACCUUGAAGCAAUGCAUAGAGUUUUAAAAUAUUGUUAUCUAGAGGGAAAAACAAACAAUAGACUUGACAGACUACUUGUUGUGUUGAUGAAAUUGGUGCGUGACAAACUGUGUGCUCAAAUGGUUAAAUUGUAUAAGGGUGGCCAUUCAUAUAGAAUAAAUCUUAUUGAGGCUCGUCAUAAAGCUUCAUGUAGUAUUAAGGAGAAUGACAUUACAGUCAAUACUGAUGGUACAAAGUUUCAUGUGAAAUCCCAAACACAUUGUGGUGUAACACAUACUGUGAUUUUAAAUAACAUUGAAUGUAAAUUGGAGUGCAAGUUGAAGUGCUCCAAGUGUAAUAUAUGUAUACAUGCUUUCAGUUGUUCUUGUGCGGACAGUUUAAUUCAUUUGAACAUAUGCAAGCACAUUCAUGCAGUGUCAAUGACGUAUGCAUUACAUUCAAGUGCCACAUUUACACCAAGUGAAGCAACGGUGACAGAAGAGGCUUCUGCCAUUUUGUGUUCACUGCAAACAAAUACUGAUGAUCACGAGAACACAUCUCUGGCCCGAGAACGAGUGUCCACAUACCAAAUUUUGAUUGACCGUGUCGGUUCAGGUAAAGUGUCCACAGAAAUCCUGAAGUCACUGCAGAAGGAUGCAGCUCAUUUGCUGUCACUUUUUCAAUCAGACUGCAGGGAAGUUCCACGAUGCCCCAGCAACGAGAAGGUAAAAGUGCAACAAAGACCUGGUAAAUGUAACAAACAGCCAAAGGGCAGUUUGAAGAAACCAACUCUUGCUGAAAAAGCAAAUAUUGUUUCGGCACUGAGGCACCCUGAAAGUGAGAUAUUAAAUGUUCACGUAGAUUCUGACCAUAAUUACUGUCAGUACUAA